AUGCAGAACUUCACGUCAGUCAAGGUGUCCAACAGCUACGAAGGGGUGUACAACCAUCUUCUACACUUGGGCUCUUUCUACACCCUCAAUAUUGAUCAGGACAAUUUCUACCUCUUCGAUCGACUUCACAGUUUCUUCAUGGAAUUGUACGGAAAUCCGUAUCCAAUUCAAGAGAUCAUUGCCAAUCUUUCGACAUCCUGUGACGAUCUUCUGAAGGAAUGCUUCUGGAAUGGCAAGAGACAAAACUGUUCCACUCUCUUCAAAACCAACAAAACAGAUUUCGGUCCUUGCUGCACAUUCAACUACCAAAGGAUUCCCAGCAAAGACAUGUUUAAAAUAGCCGAGCAAGGUUUUCCAAUUCCUCCAGUUAAGCCACUCUUUGUCAGAGAUUCCGAAUUCAAAGACGGCCUCAGCGUAAUCAUCGAGCAAAAUGCAUCAGAUCAAAUCUACAACAUCCAAUCUUCAAUGGCAUCCAGAGUGCUCAUCUUUCAUCCUCAGGACUAUCCAGACAUGUCAACCAACGCUUACAUAGAGCGUCAGGUUUAUCUCUCUGGCGAGUUGUUCAUUGAACUCUUUCCAGAAUCCAUCAAAGGCGAUGAAUCUAUGCGUCACGUUUCUGGAAGAGUACGAGGAUGCUUCUUUCGCGAUGAGAAUCAACUGAUAUUCAAGGACUUCUACACAUUCAGCGAAUGCCAGUUGGCAUGCAAACUGAUGGAUAUGAUACAUUUUUGCCGAUGUUAUUCCCAUCAAUACUCCAAUAUUUACAACGGAUCUGAAUGCCUCUUGAACGAUAUUUCGUGCCUGAUCAAGUGGAAAAAUAAAUGGGACAAUUAUGAGCCUCUGUUGUUAGACGCGUCAAACAUUGAUUUCAAGUCAACUAGCACACAAUGUCCCAAUUGCAUGCCGACUUGCAACUACAUAAAGUACGGCGUGCGAUCGCACUACGGAAUGGUGAAUUUCCCCUUUCCACCAGACUUCCUGAACGAAACUCGCGUGACAGAAGACAGUCACUUGAGUGUCAUUCACGUUAAUUUCGCUUUGCCCUACGCUGUGGAAUAUCAUCAAACAAUCAUCUCCACAUGGUACGAUCUUCUGGCCACUCUUGGCGGUUUGGCGGGCUUCACAAUCGGAGCCAGUCUUCUGUCUGUGGUUGAACUUCUCUGGUACGCCAGUGGAAAGGCUGGAACACUUUGGACGAAGCACCUGCUCACCGAAACCACCGAACACAAAUGGCUCAUUGUCACGUCAUCAAAGGCGAGUUUGUGGCCAUCAAUCGACGCCAAAUUGGGGCGGAUUCCCAGGAGUGUCCCAAAAUGCUGUGUUUACGGCGAUUGUCCUCAGAAUAUAUUCUCAUUGCGAGGGAAGAAUCGAUUUUUCAUGGCGACAAACACACUCGUGGGACUUUUCAUCGCCGGAUCGCAAAUUGCUCCCAAUGCAAAACAUGUCAAUCGAUUUAAUUUAGCAGGAUGUACCUCGAAAGCGCUCCGAGGGUUGAGGCGAACACCACCGGAUGCAACAAUGUUUCCGCCCUCAGAUAACAACAUUGCAUCCGACGUAUUUUCGCAAUUUGCUACGGAAUUGGCGGCAGAGCUCCAGGAGAUUGUGCAUUUGGGAUGA